AUGUCAUCCAUUUCCUUAACAACAACAACAACAACCAACUCGACCACUUCUUCGACUCGAAAAUAUAUGGACCACAUGGAACCAUUGAAAGACAUGUCCUGGAGUCUUUUACUUUCCUCCAUGAAACGAAAACCUGUCGAGCCCAAUUUCCAAGAGGAUGAAGCCUUUGCAUGGAGUGAGGCUUGUUCUUCCAAUUCUCAUUCCCUUCCUUCCAAAUACUUUUCGUUCAUGACCACCACUACGACCCAUUUGUCGAUCCAUGAUCUGAAUCCACGAGAUCAUGAGUCUUCAUCAAAGGCUUUGAAUCUCAGCAAUGAAGAUGAUGAUCUUUAUUGGUUUCCAGAAAUUUCAUGGAAAACUCUGGAGCAAGUGAGGUGUGGUUGUUCCUCAUGUCGAUAUCCCCAAGCAACAACUUGUGGUAAUAGUUGUAGCUAUAGUGGACAUUAUGUUUGUCAGGAGGAUCAUCAUCUUGGUAGUGAUUGGAAACCACUCACGAGAAUUUCAUCACUUUCGACGUCGACCAAUAUUCAACAAGAACUUGAUUUAAGAAGAUCGGAUCAAGUUCGUGAAGAAGAAGGAUGUACCUCCUUCUUGAAUCCUAUUCUUCCACACGUUCCAGCAAGUUAUGCUGUGAAUGAAACUUGA